AUGCCCAAGGUCCAAUCUUCUCGCCGUAUUCGUGCCCAGGAUUCAACUUCCGAGCGUCGCGCUCGUGCUAACCGUGUAAAAGAGCAGGGGAACGAAAUGACCUUUCGUUGUAAGCGCUGUGAAGAGAAGAACCUUCGUUAUUUCGUAGAUACUGCCACUGGGCGUUAUGCUAGCUGUAUUUCUGUUACUGCUGCGUGCAGUCUUUUCGUGUCUGAGGAGGAGUGGGAUAAGGUUCAAGCCGAAAAGCGCAAAAAACGAUUGGAGAUUGCGCGUGCUGAGGAGCAAACUUCUCGUCUUCGUCGCGAGCUUCUGGAGACCGAGGCACGAGAGCAAGAGUUUGCUGAUCGGGAUCUUGCCAUCUUGAAUCUUCAGGAUCGGGCGAAAGAGCAGGCCGAGGGGAACUCUGCCCCUGGU